UCGUCACUCGUCAUAUAAAGUGGAACCGCCAAUCCAACCAGUACAAGGGCAACUUUCGUUUCAACCUCCGCGAGCCAGAACAUACCCGCCAUCCCGCCGUCUCUAGACAAUGUGCCAAACCAUCGGGAUGCGGCAUGCCACUCCGCUACGCUCCCACCGGCACGGCGAUAACCGCCCAGCUCGCAACUCAAACCGCAGCAUGGAGCGGCCGACGCUUCUUCCACACCUCCCCGCGUCUCCUCCACCUUGACAGCAACACAAGCGACGCCUCCAAUCACUAUGAAACCCUCAACGUCCGCCCCGAUGCCUCUCCGGCGGAAAUUAAAAGAUCCUUCUACCUCCUUUCCAAACGACACCACCCAGACCACAACCCAUCCGACCCGCACGCGCCGUCCCGCUUCAUGCGCAUCAGCGAGGCGUACGCGACCCUGAGCCACGCCGACAAGCGCGCGCUAUACGACCGUGACGUCAUGCGCACAACGCGCAACAAUCCGCAUUAUCACCACGCACCGAAGGGCUCGUACCACAGCACGGGACCCGCCGGCGGCCGCCCGGCGUCCGGACUGAGCAGUCGGCGACGAGGCACCUACCAGGGCCCGCCACCGUCCUUCUUCCGCAGCGGUGGGUGGGGGGCGCACACCGCCAAGCGGCGCGCCGCGCACGAGGAGAGUACCGGGUUCGGGGCUGGAUACGGCACCGAUUCUAGCCGGGGCGGCUCAGGCGCUGCUGGGGCUGCGCAUCAGCAGCCCCCACCGCCGCCGCCGCCGCCGCACGGGAGUGGAGGAGGUGGUGGUGGGGGUGUAGGAGGGAUGGGGCCCGGGCAGAACCCAUUCGGACAUAGGGAUGACGUCCCGCAUUUUGAUAGGGACGCGCAUGAGAGGGCCCAGAGGAGGGGUGAGGAGUUGCGGGCGCGGCGGGCGGCGCGACGGGCUGGGUUGAAUCCUGAUGAGCCCGACUCGCCGACGAACAUGAGUUUCUUUGCCGCGGCCGCCAUCUUGGCGGUUGUGGUGAUGGCGCCGCUUAUGCUCACUGGGAAUAGGAACACGAAGAAUGACAAAGCUGCGCAGGCGGCAGCGAGGGAGAGCAAGAGGGAAAACAAGGCGAAGUGAUGAGUAGUUCGUAGCGAAGGCUUUCCGGAUGGUUGGUCAUCUUCUCUCAUCAUAUACAUACGCACAUAAGUCAUCAGGCCGCGUGCAAUUGGCAUGUACAGUCGCAGCGGCGUUACUUGUACAGUGCACAUUAGCUCUAGAUUGAUAC